AUGUGCCCGCGAUACUCCAACAAGAGGCAAUCAAGCCGAACUCUGGGUGACCCUGGCAGUGGUGGUAUCGCUGACUUGUAUGAUGUCGUUGACACUAUUGGGUUAAUGACCAUCGAUGAUGUUGACAACCUUGAAGCAAACCUCAUCAUGGACCUCACAAGGGCCCGACACAAUGUAUUUGUAGCAGAGAAAACACUUGUGGAUUGUGUUGUCCGAGAACACGAGGUCAUGACCAAUCUUUCGAAAUAUAAGUCCGCCAUUUCUAAGCAGAAGCUUGACAAGGCGGAUGUAGGACUAGGUCAUAUGCGCAUCACAUUCAAAAAACACGGACUUUCUCACUGCUCAAUGCCACCUGGUUUCCAUGACUCAUUCACCGCAUCUCAGUGCCAUGUAACCAUACAGUUGGACUAA